AUGGCUUUAUUUAACUACCGGCCGGUUGGGUUGUGCAUUCACAAUCCUGCGCUUUUCUUUUAUCUCUAUUAAAUUACCAAGUUAAUUUUAAGUUGUAUAAAAUUAUUUUUUUCGUAUAUAUUUUAUUUUGUCAUAUAUUAUGGUACAAGAUUGAUUUAAUACAGUGUAAAAACCGAUUUAUUAGCGUAAGCAUUCUAACAGUAGCAUUUGUCGCUGACAAUCAAUUCAAUUUCUUAAUAUACUGAAUAAAUACCGUGCAUUUUCUAUUUUUACAAUUUUUACGAAACUGAAUAAAAUAGUGCGACUAACUAUCAGGUAAAACAGCAUGUGUGGGUACUUAAGAGUACUCCGCACAUACAAACCACAUGUAUGGCAAUGCAGACACUCUGGGUCUUCAUCAACAGUUAUUACACCAGGAAUACCAUAUACAAAAUUGAGUAUUGGCAUACCAAAAGAAAUUUGGCAGGGUGAACGAAGAGUUGCUGUUGUACCAGCGGUAGUUAACAAACUAGUUAAAAAGGGUUUUAAUGUUAAUGUAGAGGAAGAUGCUGGAGCAUUUGCAAAUUUUCCCAACAAAGCUUAUGAAGAGGCUGGAGCUAAAGUUUCCACUCUCAAAGAUACAUUCCAAUCCAAUAUUAUACUAAAAGUUCGUCCACUUGUCGAUACUGAAAUUCAAAAUGUGCAAGAUGAAAGCACUCUCAUCUCAUUGUUGUAUCCCGCACAAAAUCAAGAUUUGAUAAAGAAACUUGGAGCUAAGAAAGUAAAUGCUUUUGCAAUGGAUUGCAUUCCGCGUAUCAGCAGAGCGCAAGCGUUCGAUGUUCUCAGCUCGAUGGCCAAUGUGUCGGGGUAUCGUGCUGUUAUAGAGGCAGCUGCGCACUUCCCUCGUUUUUUUUCAGGUCAGAUGACAGCCGCAGGGCGGGUACCACCCUGCCGGGUCUUGGUUGUUGGUGGUGGCGUGGCUGGACUAGCGGCCGCAGCCCAGGCACGUUGUAUGGGUGCCGCAGUACGCGCGUUUGAUACCCGUCCCGCCGUGCGGGAGCAGAUCGAAAGCCUCGGUGCACAGUUCAUUACUAUGGAUAUGAAGGAGGAGGGUGCUGGCGAAGGCGGAUAUGCCAAGCAGAUGAGCGAAGAAUUCCUAAACGCUGAGCGUGCUCUUCUCGGUAAGGAAGCGAGAACGUCGGACGUUGUCAUCAGUACGGCGCUUAUCCCGGGGAAGCCGGCACCGGUUCUCAUAUUAGAGGAUGCAGUACAAGAUAUGGCUCCAGGGAGUGUUAUAGUAGACCUGGCGGCGGAGAUGGGGGGCAACGUCCAGACAACGCAGAAGGGAGAGGUCGCGAAAGUGUACGGUGUUACACACAUUGGCCUCACUGAUCUGCCCAGCCGCAUGCCCGCGCAUGCCUCCACUUUAUACGCCAAUAAUAUAUCUGGAUUUCUGUUUAGCUUAGGCACAAACGACCAUUUCAACAUCAACCUUGAGGACGAGGUGACCCGCGGCUCUAUAGUACUCAAAGCCGGCGAACUUCUCUGGCCACCGCCGCCCCCGCCAAGCAUGGCGCCUGCAACAACCAUAACUAAACCCACCGCUGCAGUUAAAGUAGAACCGCCAAAUCCUUUCAACGAAACUCUGAAGGAUACCUUUUUAUAUUCCACUGGUAUGGCUAGCUUAAUAGGGUUGGGUAUGGCGUCACCUAAUCCUGCUUUCACCACAAUGACGACCACAUUGGCUUUAGCAGGUGUGGUAGGCUACCAUACUGUGUGGGGCGUGGUCCCCGCACUACACUCGCCACUGAUGUCGGUCACCAACGCCGUGUCUGGUAUCACCGCCGUUGGGGGACUGCUCCUAAUGGGUGGUGGCUAUGUCCCGGAGACACCUGUACAAUGGUUAGCAAGUACCGCAGCCCUCAUCUCGUUUGUGAAUGUAUUCGGCGGUUUUCUGGUAACGCAGCGGAUGCUUGACAUGUUCAAAAGACCUGGAGACCCGCCAGAAUAUGGAUACUUAUAUGGCAUACCUGCAGCUGCACUUUUAGGCGGAUAUAUCACUACAGCAAUGCAGGGUUAUCCUGAAGUCCAUCAGAUAGCGUAUUUAGCUUCUUCGCUGUGCUGUGUAGGCGCUUUGGCAGGGCUCAGCUCGCAGACAACUGCACGUAAAGGAAACUACCUUGGAAUGAUCGGUGUUACUGGUGGUAUAGCUGCAACUUUGGGUAUAUUAACGCCCAGUGCCGAAGUAUUAGCUCAGAUGUUGGGUGUGGCAGGAAUUGGUGGUGCACUUGGUGCUGUUAUUGCUAAGAAGAUUGAGAUUACGGACUUACCGCAGCUUGUGGCUGGUUUCCACAGCUUGGUGGGUAUGGCGGCAGUUCUGACAUGCAUUGCAACAUACAUGCACGAUUUUCCCGCAAUGGCGCUGGAUCCUACCGCCGCUACUCUUAAAACUUCACUCUUCCUCGGUACUUAUAUUGGAGGCAUCACAUUUACUGGAUCGUUGGUGGCAUAUGGGAAGCUGCAAGGCACGCUAUCUUCAGCGCCACUAAUGCUACCGGGCCGUCAUGCCAUCAACGCAGGCUUACUGACCGGAGCAUUGGGCUGCGGAGGUGCACUGUUGGCUUUCCCCGACGCUCCAGGACUACCAUUGCUGUCUGCGGCUGCGAUCCUUAGUGGUAUACAAGGGCUCACGCUUACCGCUGCUAUUGGAGGUGCUGACAUGCCUGUGGUCAUAACUGUACUAAAUAGCUACUCCGGUUGGGCGCUAUGCGCUGAAGGGUUCAUGUUGAACAACUCUUUGAUGACCAUCGUCGGAGCACUAAUCGGCAGCUCUGGUGCUAUUCUGUCGUAUAUCAUGUGCAAGGCAAUGAACAGAUCCCUACCCAACGUAAUUCUAGGCGGAUACGGCGUAACUUCGAGUGGCUCUGCACGGCCCGCAGGUGCCACACACACAGAACUCAACAUCGAUUCUGUCGCCGAUCUUAUCUAUCGCGCCUCAAACAUCAUAAUUACGCCUGGUUAUGGUUUAUGUGUUGCUAAAGCUCAGUAUCCAAUAGCUGAAUUAGUAGAUCUUCUUAAGGGAAUUGGCAAGAAAGUGCGGUUUGCGAUCCAUCCUGUUGCGGGUCGUAUGCCAGGUCAAUUGAAUGUGUUGCUUGCCGAAGCUGGCGUUCCUUAUGACGAUGUAUUCGAAAUGGAAGAAAUAAAUGAUGACUUCCCUGAAUCUGAUCUUGUGCUUGUUAUUGGUGCUAAUGAUACAGUGAACAGUGCUGCUGAGGAUGAUCCUAACUCACCUAUUGCCGGAAUGCCUGUACUUAAAGUGUGGAAGGCAAAUCAGGUUGUGGUGAUGAAGCGUUCCAUGGGCGUUGGAUAUGCCGCUGUUGACAAUCCUAUUUUCUAUAAUCCGAACACGGCCAUGUUGCUCGGCGACGCUAAAAAGACGUGCGAUGCUCUGCUUGACCGCGUCAAACAACUAUCUGCAUAAUUAAGCUAAUACAUUUAUAAUCCGAUUAAUUCAUGUGAAUCAAUAUGGAAACAGCAUACGACACGGUCCACUGGAAGCGCUAUUCCAAACAGUUACCAUAUUCCGAGGUUUUUUGCAAUGUACUUUAAUUUAAUUGAGAUUAUCAGUUAUUUAUACCAGAUCCAUAUUGAACAAGGUCUAGUCUACAAGUCUUUUGACUUUUAAUCAUAUUGAGGUAUUUAACCCUUUUAAUGCUACACUGUAAUAUUUAUCAUAACUAUCUGUUUAUAACUGUUACUGAUGAAUUAAGAGAGCUUUAAUUUCUAUGAGUACAUGCAAUGUUUUAUGAAUUAAUAUACUAAUAUACACUUAAAAUAUACCUAUAAGUAUCAAAAGGGGGUAAUAUUUUUGCAUUGAUAACGGUAAUUUAUGCCAUAAAUUAAAGGAAAAAUUAUAAUCCAUUUCAUUUUGAUGAAUGGCGCGAUUAAAUUUGUAACAUUAUUCUAAGUAAGUGUAGUUAAGUAAUCUUCGUAGUAUCUAGUCAACGUCGUUUAAAAAAAUAUAUAUUUUAACAUAAACAUACAUAAAUUUCUCAACUCAAGUGCAUAGUUUUACUCAGCCAUUUCACAUUUUAUACAUAAAAGACAGUUUCAAGCAGAAAAAGGGUUAAAUUGUAAUUGUUGAAUGUGGAUCUCUGAAAGAAUGACAGUACAUUAUGAUAUGUAACUAGAAUAAGUCUGAAUAGAUAUCACAAUGCACUUGACUGACUACCUGUCUCCACUGUCUCAUGUGUUGUUAAAAUAAAACAUUGAGAAGCGUGUUGCUAGGUGAUUUAUAUUGUGCAAUUUAUUAAACUUUUACUUAGAUCUCUAAUGCGUAAUAUGCCUAAUAUUAUUGCUGUUUAUAUGCGAGGCAUCAUAGUAAGUAAAGUAAGCAAACUAACUGCGCCUGCUGGUAUAGCCAUAUAAGAUUUUUAGACAUUUAUUUUUAUAUCUUAAUAGUAUUUAAGUCAUUCUCAAUGCACUGAAAUAGGCAUAUUUCAGGCACUGCGUAAAUAGACUAUGUGUAUAUCUGUCGGUGCUAAUCGCGCUACAUGUCUUCCCAGUUUUUUAUUGCAUGAAGUUAAUGAAUAGUUCUAAUAGGCUACUUAUCUUGGAUUUUAUAUAUAAUUAGUAUAAUGUCAGGCAUUUAUUAAAAACACAAUAUCUAAAAAUGUCAAUACAUUUUUCAAGCCAAAAUUGAAUAGAGAUUAGUCAUCAUACAUGAAAUCUAUCAUCUAUUAGUGAAGGAAAUGGGGGUGCUUGAUGAUUUACUG